AUGAGAUGCUGGACUGAAAUGGGGAGAAAUCUGAAACAAAUCUCGAGAAAAGAGUUCAGUAGAAGAAUCAAUAGUGGAAAAGAAGCAAGAAGGUUUAAUAAAAGAAAAUAUACUUCAAGUUCGCGGAACAACGAUGAUCGUACCCUUCUUGGAUUUGCUCGUGGUAAAACAUCGGAACAAAAUGAAACGAGUUUUGAUGGAGAAAACUCAGUCAUCUCUUCUAAUAUCGACAUGACAGAAACGACGAUUCGAACACCUACUGAAAUAGUCGAUUCGGAUGAUACGAUGAUAGAUUCAGCUUGUGAUGAAACGGAGAAACAGACGAUUACUCCUCGCUCCUCCGAAUGCGUGCAACUUCUUCGACAUCUCCAUGCGGCUCGAUCCUCGCAGAAAUCGUUCGAUGAAUCAAGGAGAAGAUUUCACUCGUGGAAACGGAACUGGAGGAGAGUCGAUCUACUAAGGGAUGUUGUCAAAUACGGAACUCAAGACGAACCGGCGGAUCGGGAACUCUUAGCAGCCUUGGCUCAUACAAGAUGGCUGAUGCUGUCCGUGGAAUCUGGCAAUCCACACCCAGAGAGUCUCGUUGACCUUCAUGAGCAAUUCGGAAGAGCCAACAUCUGCCGUGCCGCACUCGCUAGCUACGAUGGAAUGUACUUCCUUUUCAAGUGGAAUCAGAAAGAACAGAAAGGCUGA